GAUAAAAUAUCGUUAUCGAAACAUAAUCCACGAGAAGCUUUUGUUGAGUUUUAAACUAGGAUACUUUUCUGCUAUAAGAAUUCUUUCGCUUGUAAGUCGUCCAAGUAAUCGGACUUGUGCAGUGUGAUGAAUUUGUGUCGGGGUGAAAUUAUUACAGGUAAAUCGAAUCGAGUGAAAAUUAUCGUAUUGCGAUUUUUUUGGGGUAAAAAUUGGCGUUAUUCGCGUGUCGCGUUUUGAUAUGAGUAGGUAAUCGAGAUUCGAGAUUCAAGACCAGCAUCGUGUGAUAACGGUGUCGCUACGCAUCCUAUCGGUUAUUUGUAAAUAAGAUUAAAUCCAUUUCGAGAUUUUUUUUUUGCAUCGUCGCCGCAGCUUAUCAAGGAUAUAAGUUAACGCACGUAUUUAAUUAUUCGAAUUGUGAUCUCUUCAUUGUUAAACAUGUCGGACGACGUGUAAUGCAAAUGAUUGCCUUCGAGAGACGCGAAUACGAGAUCAUCGUCGGAGUGAAGCUUUUUUCUACACUGUUUCUUCGCAUGUGUAUCGGUCUGCGAACUGGGAUUCGCUUUACUUCAAUUAAUCAAGUGUAAACUCGUUUAGCUAGCGUGUUUUUGUUUUCAUUUUUAACCAUCACCUGUGCAAUAUGUGUAGAUGUUUACGAUAUUGCUGUUUUUGCUUGUAUAUGUGCGAUAAAAAGUGAGUAUUGUUGUCCGGCCAGUUCUCUGCUAAUGUAGGAAAAACCACUAAAAGAACUGAAAGAAGAAGACAGUCCAAGAUGCAAUCAAACUUUCCUGAAAUACCUUUGCUUGAUUUCGUUAGUAAUUCAAAACGCAGCUUACGCCUUGCUACUGAAAUACAGCUUCAUGAAGAAAGACACGUUCAUCACAUCGACAGCAGUCUGCCUUUCGGAAAUACUAAAAGUAGUAUGCAGCGUGUUCCUGUUAUUCGUAUUCGGAGAAUCGCGAAAAAAAAUCGGUUCGCUGUUCUACAAUUCUGUGAUGAAAACGCCGAUGGACACGUUAAACGUGGUGAUCCCGGCUGUAGCGUACGUUGUGAUGAAUAAUCUGAUGUACAUCUCGAAUCAGAACCUGGACGUGAUCACGUUCCAGGUAAUUGGCCAAGUCAAGAUACCGAUGACGGUAAUAUUCUCGAUGAUAUUUUUACGCUCGACGUAUCGCAGACUGCAGUACCUGUCGUUGAUCAUACUCACUAUUGGCGUCAUGAUCGUCGUACAAUUCACCGAAGUCGAUAGAUCCAAAUCGCGCGACGAUCUCAGCGCCAACGAUAAAGUCCUAGGAUAUGUUACCGGUAUCAUAGCGGCGUUGUUAUCCGGUUUCGCCGGUGUUUAUUUUGAAAGGAUACUCAAAACCACCACUCUCUCGGUAUGGGCCAGGAAUCUGCAGCUCAGCUUGAUAUCGGUACCGUUGGCCUUCCUGCAAACCUUCACCAAAGACUAUUCGCCGGUCAGAGAGAAAGGAUUUUUUCACGAAUAUACCAACAUCGUGUGGCUGAUUGUGGUGUUGCAGACUAGCAGCGGAUUGACCGUUGCGUUAUCAGUGAAACUGGCUGAUAACGUUUCCAAAGGGUAUGCCUCGGCUACCGCCAUCAUCGUGUCCGGAUUCGUGUCGGUUAUCCUGUUCCACUAUAGUGUUAAUUAUUUAUUCGCCUGCGGUGCGGCCCUAGUCGUUAUGUCUAUACCUAUGUACGCGAUAUCGUCGUCGUCGUCUAAAAUCCUACCGGAGAAGAUCGAUUACGAAGGCAAGGAGUGCUAUAUUUGAAGCCUCCUUUGGUAAUUGUCGUCAUAUAUACUCAGGUCGUUAAAUGUAUAGUAUACUUGGAUGAAGUGGUUAUAGAUAUGCCUUGAUGUCUCUCGUACGAAUGCAAUCAAUUGAAAUGCAGCUGCAAUAAAAGCUCUUCAUCAUUACCGGUAUUGGUUUUUUUGCAGUUGUAAGUAUACAUACAACGACGGUGUGAUACGAGUAAGAUAUUCGAUGGAAAGUAGUCCUUUACUAUACUUUCAAUUUUAAAUCUACGUGAUUCGGAUAGCGAAGCUGAAAUCGCAAAAGCUUUCUAAUUUUUAAUUAAGGUUGUUACUAUUUGUGUUUUAAUCUUCAAGUGGGAUAUAA